AUGACCCAACCGUAUGACCGGCAGUUUCGCCCUUCUUAUCCAGGAGACAAUUCUUCUUCUUCGACUUUCAGGGUGCAGGAUGACGCGAAUGGGCCCAAGGGCAUACACAACAUUGAGACCAGGUCUCUGGGCCACGAACCGACAAUGGCAAACGACGACCCGCACAACACAGAUGGUACUUGGAAACGCCAUGUUAUGCCAGGGACAUUAUUCGCAGACAUCAGCUUAACGCUCCUUCCUGCUGGCAUCUUGGGACUCGCCCUAGCCGUCAUGUGCCUGGAUAAAACGACUGUUGAAGAGGAGGUGCUAAAGAAAUGGAAUAAUGCCAUCACCGUGAUUGCCUCGGUAUUCCCUAUCUUAUUCGCAUCCGUCGCAAGUAGAAUGGUCUUCCAGGUCGCUCGCUGGAAACUCGAAAAAGGCGCGACUCUUAACCUCCUCGAGCAAUUGAUCGGUAGUCGCACCGUCGGAUCGACGCUCGUUACACAGAUUAGCUUGGGUAGAUUCAAUAUCUUGGGCAUCGCUUUGCUCAUGCUUUGGUCUCUGUCGCCACUUGGAUCACAGGCUGCUCUUCGAAUGCUGCGAACACGACUUGAACCUGUGUACGCACCCUCGAACCUUCUCUAUUAUACAACGGAUGCUCCAUCGGUCUUCAGUAGCUCGACGCUCGUCUCUCGGGGUGAGAUUGAUCAGUACAGGUCGACUCAGGCGUUUGUACAGACUAUGUACAGUUCUUUGUUACUCGCUCCCCCUUCGGCCAAGAGUAACACGAUGGACCUGUGGGGAAACGUCAAGAUCCCCAAGUUGGAAGUGGAUAGCGAUAACGACAAAAGUUGGAAGAAUAUCUCAUGGAACUCAGCGCCAGAUUCCUACUCUUCGCUGGUGGGCCUGCCUGUCACAAAUGUCACCCAAGGCAACGUCACAUUCUCCCUCGAAUCAAGCUACAUCGACCUCGACUGCAAACAAUUCAAUUACAACAUCUCCGUCAUGAAACAAAAGGAGUACGAGUGGGAUUACUUUGAUGGUAACAACAAUGGGUCUAUUAGACUACGCAACGGCACUUUUCACGGAAUGAACGGAACCACUUUGCAGUCGGUGUGGAGUGUUGCUGUUGAUCGUUUUGUUGAUGAGUACUGGAACACCAAUACUCUCUGUCCUUCACGUGGCCAGGAACGAGAUUGCCAGAGUCCUAAACUGCUGGUGAACGAAACUGACCUAAAGGUGACGCCUGCACAGCUUGUCUUUGAAGCUUCGUUUCGAACCUCUCCCAAACAAUUUGUUCCACCAAUGCGAGUUGAGGUAGUCUGUGAUGUAGUCCAGCGUUAUGUUGAGUCUCGCGUGGCUUGUUCACGAGCCGACACUUCAUCCCCGCAAAACUGUACCGUCACUCAACAACGCUUCUCGCGCCAACCCCACGCCCCGGAGGGUGUCACCAUGCUCUCUUUCCCUGAUAUUUGGAGCUGGGUGACGCGAGGCCUGCCUGAAGGAGUGAAAGGACAAAGCUAUGCUGAUACCACGAUUCGUUAUCUCAACAACCCUGAACUUACAAGCUUCACUACGGGUGACGAGGUAGAAGAGGGGAAGCUGCUUAGUAAUGUCACAGGGAAGCAGUUUGGUCGUCGACUAUCGCAGCUGUUGACCACAUAUGUUCUCCUCGGCCAGCUGAACCAGUAUACGUCGCAAGGAAGCAGUGACAUAAACGCCAGGUUCGAGCCAAACGUUACUGUUCCUGUAGACGUCAGCACCUUGAAAGAGAUAUACGUCGUUCACUGGUCGUGGAUGGCCUUGUUCACUGCUUGUUGCGCUGCUCUACUUGCGAGUGGAAUCACUGGGAUAUGUGGUUCUUCCCCCCACUUGUGGACAGAAGGAGGCUCUCGAAGUUACGAAAAUGAUUGGAGAACAUCGAUUCAAGUAUGGGUAUACGAGUGCAACCUCAGAGGGUCGGCCCCUACUGGGAAUUGGGUUGGAAGAUCAGAUACAAGGGAUCAAGGGUAG